CCUCUCUGACCCCCAGGCUGCUCCUCCAGGCUGGCUAUGACCCAGAGCUCCGAGAUGGGGACGGCUGGACCCCCCUGCACGCGGCGGCCCACUGGGGUGUGGAGGACACCUGCCGCAUGCAGGCGGAGCACGGUGGGGGCAUGGACUCGCUGACCCAUGCGGGGCAGCGGCCCUGUGACCUGGCUGACGAGGAGGUGCUGAGCCUGUUGGAGGAGCUGGCCCAGAAGCAGGAGGACCUGCGGAACCAGAAGGCCGCCUCCCAGAGCCGGGUCCCGGAGCCCCAGGUGCCCUCCAGCAGCAAGCACCGAAGGAGCUCCGUGUGUCGUCUGAGCAGCCGAGAGAAGAUCUCCCUCCAGGACUUGUCCAAGGAGCGCCGGCCUGGGGGGGCAGGGGGACCCCCCAUCCGGGAUGAUGACGACGAGCGAGAGGAAGGCCCCACAGAGCCGCCCCCUGCAGAAACCAGAGCCCUCAACGGAGUGUCCUCCCCGCCACCCCCCAGCCCUAAAGGCCCCUCGACCUCCGAGGAGGUCCCCUUCUCCAGGCGCUUUGGCCUCCAGAAGACGGGGAGCUCUGGUGCCCUGGGCCCUGCAGACAGACAGGGGGCGGAGGGUGCCCCUGGGGCUGGGCUGCAGCGCUCAGCUUCCUCCUCGCUGCUGGAAGGGACCGCCACUCAGGCCAAGGAGCCCCGUCUUGCCAGAAUUACCCCCACUCCCUCCCGGAAGGUGCCAGAGCCCUCGGCCCCGAUCCCGGAGCCUGAAGCCCCAGGGAAGCCAGCUAUCCCUGCCGCCUCCACAGCGCCCCCAGCGGACUCCCGCGACCGCCGGAGGUCCUACCAGAUGCCUGUGCGCGACGAGGAGUCAGAAUCCCAGCGGAAAGCUCGCUCUCGCCUCAUGCGCCAGUCUCGGAGGUCCACACAGGUGUGGGGGGCGGGCUGGGCCUGGACCCCUGGAUCUCCUGACGGGCAGGGACAGGGACCACAGGCCUCCAGGGAGCACCGCCGAGCUGGCAAGGAGAGGAGAGGGCCUGCGGAGGGGGAGGAGGCCAAGCCCGCGGACAUCAGCCCAGAAUCCAGCACCCCCAAGGCCAGCCCUUCCCCCCGGAGGCCGCGCGCCCUCAACCCGGAACCCAAGCCCGAAUCGGAGCCGGAUGGCGGCGGCUUCAGGAAGCUCUACGCAGAGCUGCGCGUUGAGAACGAGAGACUUCGUGAGGCCCUGACGGAGACCACGCUGCGGCUGGCACAGCUCAAGGUGGAGCUGGAGCGCGCCACGCAGAGGCAGGAGCGCUUUGCAGAGAGGCCGGCCCUCCUGGAGCUGGAGAGAUUCGAGCGCAGGGCCCUGGAGCACAAGGCCGCGGAGCUGGAAGAGGAGCUGAAGGGCCUGUCCAACCUCCGGGCUGACAACCAGCGCCUCAAGGACGAGAACGCGGCCCUGAUCCGCGUCAUCAGCAAACUGUCCAAGUGACCCCGGAGGACUUGCCCCUGCACCCGCAUUUAUACAGCUGCUUCUGCCACACGCACCCCUUCCCCUGUGUGAACACGAGUGACAGGGCUGCCGGGGAGUCUCUGUGAAGCCAUAACCUCCCCUCGGGACCUCCAGGCUGGGAGGGGAGGACAGAGCCCCCAGGAGCCAAGGGGGCCCUCUGAGGCCAGGAUGGAGCCGGGAGCUGAGCCAGGUAGGGGACCAGGGCUGCAGGCAGGACCAGGAAGGACCCGAGGACCAGGAAGUGCCAGGACCAGUAGCCAGGACCAGAGUGGCCACCCGGAGGUCCCCUCUCACGUGUGCUGCCACCAGUCACCCCUCCCGCCCCUGAGCAGGGAUCCGAGAAUGUGCCAAGCGUCCCGCCGGCCUGGGCCGGGCGGGCCUGUAUAUAGGGUCCGUGUGCAAUAGGGAGGGACGUCUUCUAUUUUUUGCUGCCCCCUCCCCGGCGCUGUCCGGGGCAGGGGGAGAAGGUAUUUUCGAGACAUAGCACAGGCACCACAAAUAAAAGUCGUGAAGUUGCCACUCA